UCUCCCAGUCAGACUUCCUCCGGGCAGCCAGGCUCCGAGUCCCCAUCGCCCCCGUGGAUCCCCCCCACUUUAAAACGAACGCCACCCACGAGUGUCACCGCGGGCAGAGCCCCCAUCUUCUCCGAGAGGUAAAGGCAGCGGACCGUGAACGGCGGAAAAAGGACGCGGCGGUUGUUUAAAUAAUCGUCCUGUAACCAUCUUUCCAAAUGAGUGACGGGGAGUGCGACUUCUUCUGCUUCUUCCGCUGCUGCUGAGCGCGCUCAGACAGACUGGAAGGCAGGAAGACUCUGCUCCGUGACACGAGGAGGCGGAACGGAGGCUCAGCGGCGCCGGUGGAGCUUCAGUAAAGGUAACCGGGGAACCGCCGCCGCCGCCGCCGGGGAAACCGACAGGUAGGCGCGUCGUCUACCUGUCCGGGCGACUGAGUCGAUCGACUGGAUGUCCGUGGACAUGAACAGCCAGGCGUCGGACAGCAACGAGGAAGACUUCGGCGUGAACUCUGAGGAGGAGGAGGAGGAUGACGACGACGGCGGAGAAGAGGAGGAGGAGGACCAGUGCGACAUGGUGGACUACUACGUGGGCGUGGCCAGCGACGUGGAGCAGCAGGGCGCCGACUCGUUCGACCCGGAGGAGUACCAGUUCACCUGUCUCACCUACAAGGAGAGUCAGCGGGUGUUGAUAGAGGAGGUUAACACUGUGGCUGCUGCGCUGAAGGUUUUACCGGCAGUAGCAAAAUUGAUCCUGGUGCAUUUUCACUGGCAGGUUUCACAAAUACUGGACAGAUAUAAGUCCAACUCGUCUCUGCUCUUAUCGGACGCUCUGGUCCAACCCAGCAGCACCUGCAGAUCAGUCACUGCCCCUCAGUCCCUCCAGUGCGGUGUUUGUCUACAGGUGGUCCGGAGAGACUCCCUCCUGGCUCUGCCCUGCCAGCACUCCUUCUGCAAAGCAUGCUGGGAGCAGCACUGCACCGUCCUGGUCAAAGAUGGCCUGGGAGUGGGUAUCUCGUGUAUGGCUCAGGACUGUUCCCUGCAGAUGCCAGAAGACUUUGUCCUGCCGCUGCUGCCAGGAGAGGAGCUCAAGGACAAAUACAGACGCUACCUCUUCAGAGACUACGUCGAGAGUCACUUCCAGCUGCAGUUGUGUCCGGGUGCAGACUGUCCCAUCGUCAUCAAGGUGCAGGAGCCUCGAGCUCGGAGGGUCCAGUGCAGCCGAUGCAGCGAAGUCUUCUGUUUUAAAUGCCGUCAGAUGUACCACGCUCCCACGGACUGCGCUACGAUCCGUAAGUGGCUGACCAAAUGUGCAGACGACUCUGAGACUGCGAACUACAUCAGCGCACACACUAAAGACUGUCCGAGGUGCAACAUCUGCAUCGAGAAGAACGGAGGCUGUAAUCACAUGCAAUGCUCCAAGUGCAAACACGAUUUCUGCUGGAUGUGUCUCGGAGACUGGAAGACUCACGGCAGCGAGUACUACGAGUGCAGCCGCUACAAAGAAAACCCCGACAUCGUGAACCAGAGCCAGCAGGCUCAGGCCCGGGAGGCCCUCAAGAAAUACCUCUUCUACUUCGAGAGGUGGGAGAAUCACAACAAGUCUCUGCAGCUGGAGGCUCAGACGUACCAGAGGAUCCAGGAGAAGAUCCAGGAGAGAGUAAUGAACAACCUGGGAACCUGGAUCGACUGGCAGUACCUGCAUAACGCUGCCAAGCUACUGGCUAAGUGUCGCUACACGCUGCAGUACACGUAUCCUUACGCCUAUUACAUGGAGUCCGGCCCACGCAAGAAACUGUUUGAGUACCAGCAGGCCCAGCUGGAGGCCGAGAUAGAGAACCUGUCCUGGAAGGUGGAGCGAGCCGACUCCUACGAGAGAGGAGUGGUGGGAGGAGAGGGGGAGCUCAGCGCCAGCGACCGAGGGGAUCUGGAGAAUCAGAUGCACAUCGCUGAGCAGAGGCGACGUACGCUGCUGAAGGAUUUCCACGAUACCUGAAGCACCAUCGUGACUCCAGAGCACCAGCAUCUCCCUCCUUCCUUCCUUCCCUCCUUCCCUCCUUCCCUCCUUCCUCCCUUGCUACCUUGAUGCACUCAUACUCUCGUUCUUUUUCCCCGUUUGCUUCUCUACAUUUCCCAGUUUCCCAUUUAACGCUGCAGAGUCACAGGAUGGCACGAUUGUAUCCUCCUCAGUUUCCUCUUCAUGCUCAUUUAAAUUUUUACGUUUUUCAGAUCCCGAUCAUGGAAGAAAAAAAAAAACAUCAUCUUUUUUUGACUAAAUGCAUUAUUUAUUUUCUUCCUCUGAGCUGCAAAAGUUCAGAAGUGACUGAUUCCCACGUUUAGUUUUGGUUUUUUUAGACGCAAACGGGACACGAGGAACAAAAUCAGGCGUCUUUCACAAUAAAAGCACCUUUUCCUUUUCGUUACUUGUUGCAUGAACACACUCAGAAACUGAAGAAAAUAGACCUCCACCGUUAAUUUGCUCCUCCUCCUCCUCCCUCCAUCUCCUCCACCUGUUUUUGUUUUGCUCUUUCUUUUUCCUCCUCCCCCUCCCUCCACUCACGUUGUUCACUUGUUUGUUUGUUUUUUUUUUCUUCUUCUGGAAAAUGGCUGUUCAUAGUUAGAUCGUUGAAGAAAAAAAAAUGAGAAAAAUGAACCAAAAAAAAUUAAAAAAAAACAAACAAAAAAAAUAAAUAAAUUGCUGUAAUUUUCAACGGUUGUACAUUAAUACAGAAAAUAGAGUUACUGAGAGAGUUUUUAAAACUGGA